AUGAGGGAGGGCGCGGGCCCGGGAGCGGGGCGGGAUCCCGGGAUGGGGAGCUGGGGCGGGGCAGAGUCCCGGGAUGAGGAGACGGGGCGGGAUCCCGGGAUAGAAGCCGGGAGCGGGGCGGGAUCCCGGGAUGGGGAGCCGGGGCGGGGCGGGAUCCCGGGAUGGGGAAGCGGGGCGGGAUCCCGGGAUGGGGAGGCGGGGCGGGAUCCCGGGAUAGAAGCCGGGAGCAGGGCGGGAUCCCGGGAUGGGGAGGGGGGGCGGGAUCCCGGGAUGGAGAGGCGGGGCGGGAUCCCGCGAUGGGGAGGCGGGGCCGGGAUACCUGGAUGCGGAGCUGGGGCGGGGCCGGGAGCGGGGCGGGAUCCCGGGAUAGAAGCCGGGAGCAGGGCGGGAUCCCGGGAUGGGGAGGCGGGGCGGGGCGGGAUCCCGGGAUGGGGAGGCGGGGCGGGGCGGGAUCCCGGGAUGGGGAGGCGGGGCGGGAUCCCGGGAUGGGGAGGCGGGGCGGGGCGGGAUCCCGGGAUGGGGAGGCGGGGCGGGGCCGGGGGCGGGGCGGGGUCCCGGGGCCGAGGCAGGGGCGGGGCCGCCGCGUGA